CUGACUAAAUUACUUAUCCAUAUUCAGGUAUCAAAUUCCUGAAGAUUGGCCAUAACAAGGCGCUUGACAGCUUUUUAAAGAACCUUUACUCCAUACUGAUAAUGAACAACUUGAUCUUAAGUGGACUGCCCAGGACAAAGAAGGGUUGAUUGCCUUCUGGUGAAUGAAAUAGCUCCAACAUUGACAGGCUAACAAAGUUGUGCAAUAGAGAAAAUUAAAGCAGCAAAAAACAAGUCAUUAAAGGACUGACUGUAGUAAUUUUUUAAGCCAGUUUGAAGGACAUUUGCACCUAUUAAGCGGAAGAUAUGUCUAUAUACAUUAAGCAUUUUGGACAACCAGCAUCUGAUUUAUGUUUGCCUUACUGUGACUGGAUUCCAAUUAAAAAUGGAAACUCCUGAGAGCACCCGUAAGGAAACUUCUAAUAAAAAGUCCAAAGCUGUUGUGGUUAGAAAGGCAGAGGUAAUCAUACCUGCAUUUUAUCAAGUUAAGUAGACGGUGUUCUAAUAUUAUCACUGUCUUCGUCUGUUUGCAGCUUACAGGAGCUUCUAAACCUUAGGUUUUAACAGCAGUGUUCUUCAUUGUUUUCUUUGGCAGUCUUUUGAAAUUAAAGCAUAUUUAUCUAUUUUAUAAUGUCAGAGCUAAUCGCAUAAUUGUUGAGACAAUUGUGGAAGGUAGAUCAAUGUAAUGUGAGAAAACCUUUACUGCGCCUGAACAACUAGGAGAUUCAAGUUUAUGUUUGAAUUGAGAUUUUCUACCUUUGCCUUUGUGCAAAAAAUAAAAUCAGUUUGCACUC